AUGGGCUCAUCACCAGAGGACACGACAAGCGCUUCAGAGUCGGACAAGCACCGGCUCUCAGUUGAUCUCGCCGACCCUGAAAAACAGCCCGUGCCUGUGGAAGAAACGAUUCCCCCUCCAUACUCCGUCUUCACAACAUGGCAGAAGCGAAUGUUGGCUCUGGCAGCCGCCUCCACGGCCUUCUUCUCUCCUAUAUCAGCUCAAAUCUACUUGCCGGCGUUGACACAGCUCUCAGAUGAGCUCGAUGUCUCCAGCACCAAGAUCAACCUCACCAUUACGACUUAUAUGAUCUUUCAGGGCAUCACUCCAAUGUUCCUCGGGUCUCUAGCAGACAGUGGUGGAAGGCGGCCGGCAUACAUCGUCUGCUUCGUGAUAUACAUUGGCGCCAAUAUUGGUCUUGCUCUAGCUCCCAGCUAUGGUGCGAUUCUCGGUCUCAGAUGUCUUCAAUCGGCUGGCUCAAGCACCACUGUGGCGUUGUGUAUGGCCGUCGUGGCCGAUGUCAUCACAUCUGCCGAGCGAGGUCAAUACGUCGGCUUCACUGUAGUGCCAGUAGUUCUCGCCCCAGCACUUGGUCCUAUCAUUGGAGGAGCCCUGUCUCAGACGCUCGGCUGGAGGGCCAUAUUUUGGUUCUUGACUAUCAUGGCAGGGGUGACGCUAUUCCUCAUUGCCAUGUUUCUGCCCGAGACCUGCCGCCAUAUUGUCGGCGACGGCUCCAUCUACCCACCGCCGCUAUACAGAUCAGGAUGGCAGAUCCUAACGUCACACCGAAACAAGAAUCGUAAAGCUCCACCACCAGAAAACAAGUUCAAAUUCAAGCCUCCCAAUAUCUUGGGCUCUCUGCUCAUGCUGCUGGAGAAGGAGACAGGAUUGCUCCUCAGCACCAGCAGUCUUAUCUUUGCAGGGUUCUACUGCAUCGCCACCGCAAUGCCCACUCUGUUUAAAGACUUGUAUGGUUACGACGAGAUUACGGUGGGAUUGAUGUACUUGCCAUUGGCGUUUGGCUCGAUUCUUGCCGCCAUGAUAGUCGGUCCUGGAAUCAACUGGAACUAUAAACGACACUGCCAGAAGCUCGGCAUCCCUCUAGAUCGCAGCCGCCAGCAGGAUCUUUCCAACUUCCCCAUUGAGCGUGUGCGUCUAGAGAUUGGAUUACCGCUUCUUGGUGUUAGUGGCCUUUCCCUCAUCGGCUGGGGAUGGGCCAUGAAAUCCGUCGUUCAUGUUUCUGUCCCUUGCAUCAUCAGCUGUCUGAUGGGCAUGGGCAUGAUUGGCUUCAACAAUACCUCCAACACUUUGCUUGUCGACAUUCAUCCUGGAAAAGCUGGCACUGCAACUGCCGCAAACAACUUUACUCGAUGCCUGGUCGGGGCUGGCGCCAGUGCCGCUAUUGUUCCCCUGAUGGACGCCAUUGGUGUUGGUUGGUCUUUUACUAUGCUUGGUCUCAUUUACGCGGUUUGCUCUUUGCCUCUGAUGCUCAUCAUGGUGAAAGGCAUCUCUUGGCGGGCCGAGAAGAAGGCAAAGGAAGAGCGCAAACAGAAGAAAAAGGAAGAAACCUCGUAG